GCUCCUUCAACAACAACAGCUUGUCAGACACCUCCGUAGCUUUCUAGCAAACACAGCUACAACAUUCACGCUCUUUACACUGUUUUUGGUGUAUAUUAGUCGCUGUGUAUUAAACACACUUCUGUCGUACGUACUUGUUGACCCAUUUAAUUAUAUAUUUACGUUGUUUGUCAGCUAGCUGGUUUGCUAAGUUAGCUUAGAACUAGGCUAGUCGCUAAUGCUAGCUGGCUAACAUCUCCGACCAUGAGUUCACUAAGCUACUCUCUUCCCGAUAAAGAAGAGGAGGUUUGCUGGACGGAGAAAGAAGCUCUCAUCAAAGAGGAGGAGGAAGAGAAAUAUGUUACUAUACAAAAACAAGUAGAGGGUGAGGCUGUUACUGUGAAAGAAGAAGAGAAAGACGUUUCAGUGAAAGAAGAGGAAGACACGUUCAGAGUGAAAGAGGAGGGUGCAUUUUUUGGAGUGAAAGAGGAGGAGGGGGAGAUUACUGUCACAUUGGAGGAAGAAGAGGAGGUUGGAGAUCUGUUUAACACCAGAGAGAGACGGGACUAUCGUGGAUCCUCUGGGAAGCCUCAACAACCUUAUGAUGCUGAAGAGGCAGAGAAGAGUCUCUCCAGAUCAGAACACCUCAAUAAACACCUGCAGAGAUCCACAGGGAGGAGAACUCAUUGCUGCUCUGACUGUGGGAAGAGAUUCACGUCAUCAGGCAUUAAAAUGCACCAGAGAACACACAAAGGAGAGAAAUCGUAUAGCUGUGUUCAAUAUGGGAAGAGUUUUGGUGGAUCUGGCUCUCUGACUGUACACCAGAGAACACACACAGGAGAGAAAUCGUAUAGCUGUGUUCAAUGUGGGAAGAGUUUUGGUGGAUCUGGCUCUCUGACAGUGCACCAGAGAACACACACAGGAGAGAACCCUUUCAGCUGUGGUCAUUGUGGGAAGAGAUGCACUACAUCUGGCCAUCUAACUAUACACCAGAGAACACACACAGGAGAGAAACCUUAUAGCUGUGGUCAAUGUGGUAAGAGUUUUGGUCAAUCUGGAGAGCUCACAGUGCACCAGAGAACACACACAGGAGAGAAACCUUAUAUCUGUGUUCAAUGUGGGAAGAAUUUUGGUCGAUCUGGCUCUCUGACAGUGCAUCAGAGAACACACACAGGAGAGAAACCUUACUGCUGUGAUCAAUGUGGGAAGAGAUGUACUACAUCUGGCAAUCUAACUCUACACCAGAGAGCACAUACAGGAGAGAAACCUUAUACCUGUGGUCAAUGUGGGAAGAGUUUUGCUGCAUCUAGCACUCUGACUCAACACCAGAGAACACACACAGGAGAGAAACCUUACAGCUGUGUUCAAUGUGGGAAGAGUUUUGCUGCAUCUAGCACUCUGACUCUACACCAGAGAACACACACAGGAGAGAAAUCUUACAGCUGUGUUCAAUGUGGGAAGAGUUUUAGUCAAUCUUGCCAUCUGACUCUACACCAGAGAACACACACUGGAGAGAAACCGUAUAGCUGUAAUCAAUGUGGGAAGAGCUUUACUCAGCUAAACAGCCUGAUAUUGCACCAGAGAACACACACAGGAGAGAAACCUUACAGUUGUGUUCAAUGUGGGAAGAGUUUUCGUCAAUCUUGCCAUCUGACUCUACACCAGAGAACACACACAGGAGAGAACUCAUCAGAAAAUACAUGAAGGAGUUGUUUCAUGAUAUCAAUGAAAUAAUUUCACAAUGUAGAAUGUUUUUAACAUUGUAUUUGGAGUAUUUUAAGGUAUUUCACAAUGUAGAAUCCUAAAAGUUUGCCCCCUGUUCUAUUGAUUUCACCAUGAUAUGGAUAUUAGCCUUGGGAAAAAUCCAGGCUCUGAAUUGAAAGAGUACUAUUUAUGUGAUUUAACAAAAAG